AUGUCCUACCAAAAUCAGCCCUACCAGCAAGGCCAAGGCCAGCAGUACAACCAGAACAACUGGGGCCAGCAGCCACAGCAGCACCAGCAAUAUGGCCAGCAGUACAAUCAGCAUGGGUACGGACAGCAGCAGCAACCACAGCAAUACGGCCAACAACAGUACAACGCACCACCACAUUCACACAGCCCUCAACCACAGCACAAUUCGAUGUCACACAACACCACCCCAACCAAAGCCGCCGACGCUGGCACCUUUCACGGCGGCAGCUACAAGAUCGACCACCGGGACACAAACUCCAUCCUGACUAUCACCCUACAACCCAAUGCCCCUGUGCGCUCCGUGUCCGGCGCUAUGAUCCAUAUGUCUGCGUCCGUUGUCUUGACAGGCAAGCUCAAAUUCAGCAUGAAGAAAAUGUUCAUUACUGGUGGCGACAUGGCUGAGUCGACAUACACCGGACCUGGUGUCGUAGCACUGGCACCAACGCUGCCAGGAGAUAUCUUCACGCUGCCGAUUGACGGGUCAGGGAAGUGGAAGGUUGGAAAGGACGCGUGGUUGGGAUGCACGCAGGGCGUCACAAGGGAGACGAAGAGUCAGGGGAUCGGCAAGGCGCUGUUCUCAGGCGAGGAUCUGUUCGUGUACCAUGUCAUGGGCCAGGGUCUGGCAUGGCUGACGAGUUUUGGAGCUGUCGAGCGGUUGGAUCUCCAACCAGGUGAACAGCACAUUGUCGAUAACGGCCAUCUAGUUGCGUGGAACUGUGACUACAAAAUCGAACGGGCCGGUGGCGGGAGUAUGACAUCGAUGAAGACUGGCGAAGGUCUAGUCUGUCGCUUCACUGGGCCAGGAUCUGUCUACUUCCAGACCAGGAAUGAGCAGGAGUUUGCCAAUUGGAUCCGAAUGGUUGCUCCUUCAGGAGGAUGA